AUGGAACUUCUGACUAGCCACUGAAGCUGGACAAAAAGCCCCUGGGAAAGCAGCCUCUCUGGACUGAAAACUCUUUCAGCGCCGCGUGCCAGGUUUGGUGCAGCUGCAGAGUUCGGUUUCCCAUCACCUCUCUGGCGCCCCCUGCUGGGGAGAGCUGGCUGCAGGGAAACAGGGACACUACCGCUAUUGGGUCGUCUGGCUCCUGCUGCAGGUCUUGAAUGUGACACCUGAGGCUCGAGAAGAGAUCUCAUCAAACCUGGAGCCCAGAGGGACAAGGAAGAGCCACUCACCAAAAAAGUUCCAGUCGUGGAACCUUGAAGACCACUUUGCAAAGGGUGGCCUCUCUGCUCUGCAUUCCAAGGAAGCCUUGAAAGAUCCUCGCUCAGGAUUAGGCAGAGGACAGUUCGAGGGUUGGCAGCUCUCCAUCACACCCUCUGCGCCAGGACUGGCUCCGUCAUGCCCCCCUCCCCGCCGUCUCUUGGCUUCUCUUGGGUUGGAGAGACCCCACGGAGCAAAGGGAGCAGCGGAUCUGCUCGCUGCUGUUGGCUCAGCUUGUGAUUCCAGCCCCGGAGCCUCAUCCCGUUUCAGUGACGAAGCAAGUGUGAAAAAUGGAGCGUGAUGGGGACGUCACAAGAUCUUCCAGGCCCUCAACUGUAGCUGCCUGCUCUCAAUCCAGCUGCGAUUGCCAAGGGGCAAUUAGAUGUGUGUCUGUCCCUGGGUGCUUGCGUAUGCAUGUUUGUGCGCAGAUGUGUGUGUGUGUGUGUGUGUGUGUGUGUGUAUACACACAGGGCUGGGAGCUGGGAGGCAACCUGGCUUUGGUGGCCCAAACUAGCCUGCUUCCCCUUCUGGGUCUGCUGGCCUAAUUCCCAGCUGCAGCUGCCAUUCUGGGCCCCCCUCCCCGAAGCAAUCUCCCUGCAGAUUUGGCAGCGGGAGAGGAGGGGCUAAGGGAAGGGAAAUGAACCGGAGAGAGAACUGAGCUCUAAUCUGAUGUCGGUGAUCCAGCAGCCUUCCCCAGCUUGCUGCCCUCUGCCAUCAGCUCCCCGGGCGAUUUUCUCUGUGCCCUGCACUCUCCCCUCCUGCCUUCAUCUCCUUAAGAAAGUGUCCAGAAAGUUAAACCCAGACACACAAACACACACACAAUCCACCAAAAAAAAAAAAAAUCAGAGAGCAGGAGCAGGCAGACGAGUAAGAGAGCACGCGCGCAAGAGAGAGGGCUCAGAACGGGCCAGGAGGAAGAGCUGCGCAGGCAGAGGGAGGCUGGGGUUGGCCGUGACAGGGACUAAGAUCUCUUAGUCCCCAGGAGCCUCCUUCAUGGACCCGGGGAUCCUGAGAGGGGCUGCCUCAGCUUAGGAUGGGCAACUGUGUCAAGUCUCCACUGAGAAAUCUCUCAAGGAAGAUGCGCCAGGAGGAGCAGAGCAGCUACACGGUGGUGCAGACGAGCGAGGAGGGGCUGGCAGCCAGCGGCGAGCUCCCGGGACGGCUCCUGAUGCUGGCCCAGAACUGCGCCGUCAUGCACAACCUGCUGGGCCCUGCCUGCAUUUUCCUGCGCAAGGGCUUCGCUGAGAACAGGCAGCCUGACAGAUCUCUGCGGCCAGAGGAGAUUGAAGAGCUCCGAGAGGCCUUCCGAGAAUUCGACAAGGACAAGGAUGGCUACAUCAACUGUCGGGACCUGGGCAACUGUAUGCGUACCAUGGGCUACAUGCCCACUGAGAUGGAGCUCAUCGAGCUGUCCCAGCAGAUCAACAUGAACCUGGGUGGCCAUGUGGAUUUUGAUGACUUCGUAGAGCUAAUGGGACCUAAACUCCUGGCAGAAACAGCAGAUAUGAUUGGAGUGAAGGAACUGCGCGAUGCUUUCCGAGAGUUCGACACCAAUGGUGAUGGGGAGAUCAGCACCAGUGAGUUGCGAGAGGCCAUGAGGAAACUCCUGGGUCAUCAAGUGGGACACCGAGACAUAGAGGAAAUUAUCCGAGAUGUGGACCUCAAUGGGGAUGGACGAGUAGACUUUGAAGAGUUUGUCCGGAUGAUGUCCCGCUGAGGCCUCGAGGGCCCCUCCAGGACUGCCAAGCUCCCCGGCGGGAGAAGAGGAGCUGGAGCGCGCCUCACCCCGCCGCAGCCGCAGAGAGCCCAGGAUGCACUGGCGGACGGGGCCUGCCUGCACCCCGGGGAGGUGCCCACCCCGGAACCCCACCCCUCCGCACUGUGAAAGACUCACAACUCCUGCAACUGGAAAAGGGGGGCGCCCGCCGUCGAGGAGGCCACCGUGCCAAGCCGGCAGAGGUGACGCCGGGUGCCAAGUGCCAUGGACCCAGCCGCUGCUGGCGGGGUGGGCCAGGGAGCCCGCCAGCAGCCCCCACACAGCAUGUCCAUUCUGGGGCAAAGCCUCUCGCCGCCCCCCUUCGCUCUGUGCCCGUCCCAGCUCGCCACAGCCCUGUUCUCUCAGAACCAAUAAAAGUAUUUACAAGGCAAGGGCAGCUGUGGGGGUCUUU